ACCGGGACCUCAGUAGAGAAAAUAACACUAUUUAGACCACAUUCUUCGCCACACAACCGCAUACAUCGAAAGAUGGCGAGUGUCUAUGACGUCACGAGCAUCCCAGCUGUCAUGGAGGGAGCGACGGCAGUCAAAAUAUCAUUAAAGGAAUUGGAUUCUUCUGCUGUGCCUGAGUUUAGUAUGGAGGCUUGCAGGAGAAUACAAGAAGCCUGUAACGACAACCAAAAGAUUAGUGAUGAAACAGAAGUCUUUGGAAAGGCUGAUGUGUCAAACUACAACAAAGAGUGUGAAUUGUUUUUUAAGGAGAGUGUCAUGACGCUGUCCCUGAACCUCCAGAAGGCGCUGACCAUGCCCCUCGGCGCCUUGUCCUCCGCCCGGGUCGUCGAAGGUGCGCCUCCUCGCCUGGUCAUCCUCGGCCGCGCCUCGAGUUGCUCCUUCAACCUGGGCGAGGGCGAGAACCAGGUCGCCCUCGUCCUUCGCUUCGGUUCCGAGGGAGACGCCGACCUCGCCCUCAGAAGGAUCGGCCUCGGCAAGAGCGCCACGACUAGCCGCAGAUGCGGGGUCGAGCGCACGCCGACGCCGCCCGCGAAGCCGCCCCGGAUGCAUCAGCGCCUCCGGGCUCAGCAGAGCCUCCCUGCCUCUCGGCCCAAGGCGCUAAGCCGGCAGCAGUCCCUGCAGGUGGGGGCGAGCCACGAAGGAAACGAGCCCGUGGACGCACCGGCGACACAGACGUCCUUCCUGUCGCCAAGCUCGGCCGCGGACGCCAACUACCCGCUGAGGGGCACGCUCUCCGGAAACAUCCACGCGCAGAACUGCCGGUCGGGCAUUUACGACCCGGUGCCUGAGCCCAAGAGAGUCGCCGAGAGCGAGAGUAGCGCCACGCCUGAGCCCAAACGCAGCGGGAGCGCGGUGAGCCCCGUGCCCCAUCUGCUGGUGUCGACGAGGUCCCCGCAGCAGGAGGUGGCGACGUCCGAGCCGGUGUUGUCGCCCGUGAUCAGGGGCGAGGCGCAGGUCCCUCCCUUCCCACUUGUGUCGUCGCCCAGGUCGCCCUCUUCCCCCGCAGGGCGACUGGACUCGAGGGCGUCCCCCGGCGAGGACGCUCCCGAGCCCAAAUUCGAUUUCAAGAACGUGUGAGGAGAGGCCCUCUGAGCUGUUGUCGUUUAUUGUCUUAAGGCUGUUCUGGGAGGGACUCACUUUAUGUUGAAUGGCUUGGUCGUCCCUGCAAAGGGGCUGAAUCGGGGCUCUAAAUCGCGUUGGGAUUCACUUCGUCGUGAGCGCCAAAGAGAAUCAAUUGAUCCUGACUGAUAGUCUCAGCAAAUGUUUGAUCAGAGAACAGCUCAUGCCCGUACUCUCGCUUCAGAGAUGCAAUUCUACGUACACUCUAUCUGGAUGAAUCUACACAUCUCAGUGUUUCUUAGACAAGCCAAGACGCAGACACUAACAGGGUCGCCCCCCAGGACAUUCAGCGCCCAGACGAAACCACACGUGCAGUAUGGGAACGCGACGCUCCACGAUGGCUCUCCUCCCUCCAGUGUUUUCCUCAUGGAUGUCUUUGAUCAACUUGCCUCCCUCCCAGCUUUACAGCUUCACCAGAGUGUAUCCAUAAAUUAUUAACAAGCUCUAGAAGCAAGACUUGUGGAUAAUAACAUGGUUCCUGCUUCGUCUAAUGUGCUGCUUUCUCUUCGAUGUCUUGGAUGUGAAGACGUACAUGUUAUAGUGAACCUGUAGAAUUAUAUUACACUGACAGCUAUACUUCAACGAGAGGGAACUGGCAAGAUGCUGGGGGAAAAGUUACCGUGUUUAUCUCACAUAGAUUGAAAGCCUCUUUGUCUUUUAGGAAAUGCUCCGAACUUUUCAAGGUUUGUUGAAGAUUACAGUCUGUAAUAUUUUUGUUUCCUUUUAUAUGAGAAUUCUAGAUUCGAACAAGUCCUCUAUAUAGUUUCGUAAAAGUCUGUCGUAUCAUAUAAACAGUUUAAAUAUUCAGUACCGUACCGUGUUCUGUUAUUAACGAAGCAGCAUUACCUUCCUUUACAUUUUGAUUACUAUUUGUAGAGCUGAAUUGCUUUUAUGCAAAGUACCGUUGCCUGAUGUAACUAUCUGCAUUACUUAUGUCUUCAGAUGUGUUUCUAUUAUUACAAUGCCCUUACAGUGUGGCAAUAUUAUUUGACGAUGUAUUCAUAAGUAUCAGAAUAGUAUUGUAACUUGUAUAACGCUUAAGCUACAUAAUACCACAUUUGCAUUUCUGGUCGAAUUCGAGUGUAAAUCUCAAGUCCUCAUAUGACAAACGCCGCUUAUGUGAAACUGAGAUGAACAUGAGAAGCUCUGAUCUGCAGGUGUUUAAUUAUCCAUAUUCAAACGAUAAACUCUGGUUUAUCGAGAUGAAUGCUGAUCAGUCUCAUCAGCAACAUGUCACAGCUGAUAUGACAAAUACAGAUACACAGGCACAAUGAUUGUGUGUUUGUGUGUGUGUGUGUGUGUGUGUGUGUGUGUGUGUGUGUGUGUGUGUGUGUGUGCGUGUGUGUGUGUGUGUGUGUGUGUUACUGAAUCAGAAUUGUUGAUUUUAUUUCAUAUUAUUAAUGCUAUUUUGCACUGCAGAGUUACAGGAUAAUGUUAUAUCAUAGUCCCGUGUGAAGAGUCAAGGAAUUAUUGUUAUUGUUUUUUUUUGUUUUGUUUUUUUCAAUUCCACAAUCAACCAUGACGUGCUUCGGUAGAUGUUCGAACCCUUGUGUCACAGCUUCGUUUUAAACACCGAUUGCUUCAUUUGACAUAGCUCGGAAACGGAUUAAGAUUAAAUGUCCUGAGUAUCUUCCUCUUCUUUUUAAUGUUAUGGAGGUUAAACUAUUUUGUUAGUAAGAUAGAUAAAGAGAUGGAUGGAUAACGAGAAAGAGAAGCAUAGAUACAAAUAAAUAGGACUAGAUAAGGAGAUAAGGAGAGAUAGAAAGAAAGGAAGUCAAGGGAGAAAAGGAGGGAUAGAUAGAGAAAAGGAUAGAUAUGGAGAAAGAGAAGGAAAGGCACUCACAGACAGAAAGGUAGGGAUAGAAAUAGAGAGAGAGGGAAAGAGGGGGGGGAGGAGACAGAGAGAAAGUAAAGGAUGGACAGAAAGAUGGGAAUACACAGAAAAAGAGAAGCAUAAAUAGAGAAAAAUAGGAAUAGUUAAAGGAAUAGAAUGAAACAGACAACGAGAAAGAGAGGGGCAAAUAGCCAGAAUUAGAAUAGAUAGAGAGAAAGAGAGGGAUAUAUCAAAAGAAAGCAUGGGAUGGAUAGAGAGAAAGGAGAGGGAUAGGCAGACAGAGACAAUAAUAGAAUACAUAUAAAGACAAGCAAAAGAUUCUUAUAAAAAGAAAAACAGCCACAAUAAAAAAAUAUAUAUAAUUCUUAUAUACUUAUGCACGCAACAUGCCAGGACAA